GCUUCUUUAAUAGCUCCAUAUGACAAACAGUCAAACAGAGUGCUAGUAGUUUGUCUGUCUUGUUGUAAGCGUCGAAGACCAAUUUAAAAUAAAAUCAAAGAAUGAGUCGUAGGAAACGUGAUGAUGGAUAUGAACAUGGGUAUCGUAAAAGGCGCAGAGUUGUCUCGGAGCAGGCAGAAAUUGAAGACCGGUUAGAAUCUCUUAUUAUCAGGGUUGGAGACAAAACGUCAUCAUCUUUAGAAAGCAAUUUAGAAGGGCUAGCUUCAGUAUUAGAAGCUGAUUUGAACACGUACAAGAGUAAAAUAUUACGUAUUUUGUCGGAAUGCCCAAUCCAAAUGCCAGAGAAAUGUACUAUCUACAGCACAUUAGUUGGUCUUCUGAAUGCUAAAAACUAUAAUUUUGGAGGAGAGUUUGUGGAACAAAUAGUGAGAAACCUAAAAGAAGCUCUCCGUGAGGGGCAAUGGGAAUCUGCUCGUUUAAUUGUACGUUUCAUAUCUGACAUGGUCAACUGUCACAUAGUCUCUGCCUCUUCCUUGCUACAGUUAUAUGACAGUUUUAUUGAUGCUGCCAUGGAACAAGGAGUUCCUCAGGUUCGACGAGACUGGUACAUGUAUGCGUUGUUGACGGCGCUUCCUUGGGUUGGUCGAGAGCUUUUUGAAAAGAAAGAAAAUGAUCUUGAACGUAUAAUGGCAGCAAUGGAAGGUUAUCUUCGCAGAAGAAAUACUGCUCAUGUCGCUGCUCUUCGAGUUUGGAAUUGUGAUACUCCGCACCCACAGGAAGAAUACCUGGAAUGUCUUUGGGCUCAAGUACGGAAAUUGCGAACAGACGAGUGGCAGGAAAGACACAUUUACCGUCCAUAUUUAGCUUUUGAUUCUAUCCUUUCUGAAGCUUUGCAACACAAUCUCCCGGUCAUUCUACCUCCGCCUCACACAGCUAGUACGCAAUAUCCGCUACCAUGGGUUGUUUUCAGGAUGUUUGAUUACACUGACUGUCCAGAAGCUGGUCCACUUUUACCAGGAACUCAUUCAGUAGAGCGUUACUUGAUUGAGGAACAUUUACACCAGAUCAUCACUCGUCAUCAUAACGAACGCAAGGAACUAGCCACCCAAUUGUUGGCGUUCCCACAGAGAAAUAAGAUCCCUUUGGAAUACAUGAUAGUUGAAGUUCUCUUCUCAGAACUUUUCCAAAUGCCUUCCCCUCGUUACUUGGAGAUUGCUUAUGGUUGUACUUUGAUAGAACUUUGCAAGCUUCAACCAAGUACAAUGCCUCAGGUGUUAGCACAGGCUACGGAGUUGCUUUACGAAAGAAUUGAUACCAUGAAUGCCACCUGCUUUGAUAGAUUCGUUUCUUGGUUUUCUUACCAUCUCAGUAACUUUCAAUUCCGCUGGAGUUGGGAUGACUGGCAGAAUUGUCUUUCACUCGAAAAAGACCACCCCAAGGCAAAAUUUGUUUCUGAAGUGUUCGGGAAAUGUUUGAGACUCUCCUAUCACAAGCGCGUGACUGAAAUGGUGCCUGAAUGUUACUCACCGCUGUUGCCCCCGAAACCAGAACCGUACUUUAAAUACCAAAUUGAAGGAGGAAAUGGUUUUCCUGGGGCUGCUCAAGUCCAGACUUUGACUGAGCUCCUAAGAAAAAAGCCAACGCCUGAAGAAGUACUAGAGUUGGUCCAGCAACUACCGAAUCCUCUCAAAGAUGACGACGGGGAUAUGGAGCCUUCACACAAUCCUCUAGCAAUUGAAGUAUUUGUUCAGACUCUGCUACAUUUGGGCUCGAAGAGUUUUACGCAUACUUUUGCCGGUCUCGCUAAAUAUCAUUCAGUCUUCAAGAAUAUUUGUGAGAAUGAAGAGGCACAGAUCUGUAUGCUUCGUCAAGUUUAUGAGCUCUGGCAACACCACCCACAAUUUUUAGGAGUGGUAGUUGAUAAGAUGUUAAAGACACAAAUUGUUGAGUGUUGUGCCGUAGCAAAUUGGAUCUUUUCACGAGACAUGGCACCCGAGUUCACUCGUUCGUACAUUUGGGAGGUCUUGCACUUGACUAUUCGCAAAAUGAACAAACACGUCGUCCGUCUAGAGAAAGAGGUGGCGGAUGCACGCGCUAAACUCAGAGCUGCACCAUCUGAUUCGGAAUCAUCUGAUGAAGAUCCAUCUAGAGAGGGUGGUGAAAAGCGUCGACGCACCUCUAGUAAUAAAGAAGCUACAAAGGACGAUGGGGAACAACCUACGGAAGAGAUGGUCGAGCGUAUGGAAGAACGCUUGGAGGCUGCCCAAUCAGAUCAAAAGAACCUGUUUUUGAUCGUGUUUCAACGUUUCAUCAUGAUUUUGUCGGAGCACGUAGUUCGUUGCGAUACAGAUGGCAAGGAUUUCAACACAUUUUGGUAUCAAUGGACUGUUGGAAGAUUGCAGCAAGUUUUCAUGGCGCAUCAUGAGCAGGUGGAAAAGUACAGUCAAACGUUGGAAACCCUUCUCUUCACACACGAUUUGGAUGGCAAUAUUCUUGACACUUUUCGACAAUUUCAAGCUCUUCGCAGUUAAUUGUGACAAGAUCCUACAAGUUAGGCCAAUAGCGAAAGCUUUCCUUUUUCAUGGGUUUUCAAUAUUUUAACAUGUUUUGAAAUGCGAAUACAAGUGUGUAAUCCAGA